ACACGCCUCAAAGAGAGGCUUAACAAAAAUAAUAUAUAUUCUAAUAAAACAAAAUGGCCAUCAUCACAUUUCUGUUCCCUCAUACACCGAAGCGUCAAACGCAAACUCUGCAACGGAGCUUAGGAUUCCGCGCUAAGAAAUUCGACGAGUUCUACGUAGCUGAUAAUUGACCGCUAUCACCGCCGAUUCAGGCGAAUUUGAUUCCGGCAUUACGGUGUCGUUUCGAGUUUGUGAUCGUUGAUGUUGUGAAUUGGAUGCAACUGUUGCUGUGGAAUUUUCGAUCCUAUCGGUUUUUUCUUUGGUCAUUGAAAGUCGUCGUGAUUUUGGCUUCGAUCUUAGGAGCAGAACAAGUUGGACGCGGAACAGCGUUUGCUUGUGUUAUAGUUAUUGUAGUCAUUGCUUGUGUUAUUGGACUAGCUAUGAAUGCUUGAUUAGAGAGAAGAGGCCUGUAAAUAUGGGUAAUACGGAAUCAAUGUAUGAAUCCCAAGAUAAUUUUUACCAACGUCCCCCAUCUUAUGCUGGGAAUUCAGUGAAUGAUAGCUAUCAUGAACCCUCACCUUAUGCUGGGAAUGUGGAGAAUACUACAUAUCAUCAACCAUCUUCUUAUGCUGGGAACUCAUCAGAUACAAGCUAUCAUCAAUCCUCUACUUAUGGUGGGAGUUCAGGAAACACUCGCCAUCAACAUAAGCGGCAACCCACAUAUAUAGCUGAUCAUUUCAGUUCACUGGAUCAGGUUGUUUCUGCUCUGAGAAAUGCUGGUUUAGAAUCUUCAAAUUUAAUAGUUGGUAUUGACUUCACCAAAAGCAAUGAGUGGACAGGCAAGCACUCAUUCCAUCGAAAAAGCCUUCAUCAUAUUGGAAACACUCCUAAUCCAUAUGAGCAAGCAAUAUCCAUCAUUGGCCGUACUCUGUCUUCCUUUGAUGAAGAUAAUCUGAUACCGUGUUUUGGAUUUGGUGAUGCUUCUACACAUGAUCAGAAUGUGUUCAGUUUUUAUCAUGAUAAUAGAUUCUGUCAUGGUUUUGAGGAUGUACUUGCACGCUACAGAGAGAUUGUUCCAUACUUGAAACUGUCAGGUCCAACAUCAUUUGCCCCUGUAAUCGAUGCAGCAAUUGACAUCGUGGAAAGAAACAAUGGUCAAUAUCACGUUCUUGUCAUUAUUGCUGAUGGACAGGUUACCAGAAAUCCAGAUACACCACGUGGGAAGCUUAGUCCACAAGAACAAGCUACCAUUAGUUCUAUCGUUGCUGCAAGUCACUAUCCUCUGUCAAUUAUUUUGGUUGGAGUUGGAGAUGGACCAUGGGAUGAGAUGAAGCACUUUGAUGAUAACAUUACUGAGCGCUUAUUUGACAACUUUCAGUUUGUGAACUUCACAAAGAUCAUGUCCGAGAACACAGAAGCAUCAAAGAAGGAAGCAGCAUUUGCCCUUGCUGCCCUUAUGGAAAUUCCAUUUCAGUAUCGAGCAGCUCUAAAUAUACAACUUACCGAUAGAGAAUCAGUUCUUCAUCCACAUAAAAGACCUCUCCCUCCACCCAAGGAAGUAAUAGAUCAUGAUAAUGCACGCUUCGCGAUUCCUCAACUGACAAAUUUUGAACCAGUGGAACCGACGGCUCCAGCUGGUGCCGAACCAGUAUGCCCCGUUUGCCUAACCAAUCCGAAGGACAUGGCUUUUGGAUGUGGUCAUACGACUUGCAAAGAGUGUGGCUCGACAUUAUCUUCAUGCCCUAUGUGCCGGAUGCAAAUCACAACUCGCUUGCGAUUGUACACUUGACUCAGGUUUUUACGUCAUGUAUUUCCGUCAUACAUGAUGGCUUAAAUAUCUCUUAACCUUUUCAGAAUGUGAUGUACAGAUAUUUUGGGUGUAAAAUUCUUUAAUAAAAUGUCUCGUUAAAUUCCGGAGAUUGACGUACUAUUUCCUAGUUACCAAAAAUAAAUUUAUGACAUACUUGGUAAAA